AUGUCAUCACCAAUUAAGACGAAACCAAAAUCAUCUAUGAAGAUUGAAAAUGCUCCAACUCCACAUAAUACCCCAGCUAGUGUAUUAAACAGUUAUUUAAAGAAUGGUAAUCCAGUUUCAAAAGAUAAGAUGCCAAGUACUAUAAACGAAGAAGAUAUUUCUAAAGUGUUAUCUAGUAACCAACCUUUGUUAUUACAGUCUAUUCAAGAUAAAUUAGGCGAUUUAGUUGGUCAAGAUAGUGGAUAUUUAUCGAAUUUACCAGUGGAAGUGAAAGAAAAAAUUUUCAGCUUAAAACAUUUACAAAGUGAGUUAUUCAAGAUUGAAAAAGAGUUUCAAAUUGAGAUGUUUGAAUUAGAAAACAAAUAUUUGAAUCUUUAUAAGCCAUUAUUUGAGCGUCGUUCUGGUAUUGUUUCUGGUAAUGUUGAACCCACAGAAGAAGAAAUUUCUAAGGGAAGAGAAAUCGAUGGAGAAGAAGAACAAGAAGAAGGCGUUCGUGAGGACUCAGAAGAAAAGAUUAGAGGUAUUCCAUCUUUCUGGUUGACAGCUUUGGAAAAUGUUCCUAUCGUUAAUGAAACCAUUACUGAUAGAGAUGCAGAAGUGUUAGAUCAUUUACUUGAUAUUAAAUUAGAGUAUUUGACGGAAGGUAAACCAGGUUUUAAAUUAACUUUCAUAUUCGAUAAAGAAAAUAAUGGUUUUUUCACAAAUGAGACUUUGACUAAGACAUAUUAUUAUCAAAGUGAAUUAGGAUAUUCUGGUGAUUUUAUAUAUGAUCAUGCUGAGGGUGAAGAAAUUGAUUGGAAGAGUAACGGUAGUAAUGUGACCGUAGAAGUAGAAAUGAGAAAACAAAGAAAUAAGACGACUAAGCAAGUGCGUACAAUUGAAAAAUUGACACCCAUUGCGUCAUUUUUCAAUUUCUUUGACCCACCUAAGCCAAAUAAUGAGGAGGAAGAAAGAGAUGAAGAUGAAGAAGAGGAAUUUGAUGAAGAUGAAGAAGAUUUGGAAGCACGUCUAGCCCUCGAUUACUCACUCGGUGAACAAAUCAAGGAUAAGUUGGUUCCAAGAGCUGUGGACUGGUUUACUGGCACAGCUUUAGAGUUUGAAUAUUUAAAUGAGGAAGAUGAAUAUGAUGAUGAUGAUGAUGAUGAUGAAGACGAAGACGAAUACGGAGAUGAAGCUGAGGACGAAGAUGAACAAGAUGAUUUCGCAGGAAGAACAGAACAAGCACCAGAAUGUAAGCAACAAUAA